AUGGAAGAUACGGUCGUCCAGAUAGGAGCGCAAUUAUUCACCGCCGCUACUUCGAAAAAGAAGAAAACCGUGAAAGCCAAGACCGAGAUUGCAAUUGAGCUCGAUGAGAAGUCUGAGCUCUCCAAAACAAAGGAAAAGUCCCCGCUACCUGGACCCUCCAGCGCCAGCGAAGCAACGGCAACGAAGACUCUCGAGCCCCAGCUCAGCUCCGAAGAGGAAGACGAGGAGGACGAGGCUCUCAGUGAGAGACUCGGCAUCAAACGCAAUGACAUCGUCUGGGUGAAGCAGGGUCAGAAUGUAUUCUGGCCCGGACUGGUCCUGAAGAUAUUGAACCGGGGUCUGCGAGGCAAAGCGAGGACCAAUACCAUUCAAAUGCGAGUUUUCCUCAUACACAACGGCUCAAAGCUCACCGUACAAUCCACUAAAGUGGAGAGUUUCGAUUCGCCGAAUCGCAAAGAGUUCCUCGAGACCGGCCAGAAACAAAAGGCCGCGUUGGCUACCGAGCACGCCCGAGCUGCUCAGAAAGCUGACAAGUUCCUACGCGAGAGAGUCUUGGGUGUCAAUAUCGACCCAGUGCGUUUCUUCUGUCUCGGGGAAACGAAGGUCAUCCAGGAACACGAGAGCUCUUCAUCCGAGGACGACGAACCACCGGAAGAGCAAGUCGGAAUUCCUCAGUGGGAAUUACCCUCAAUUGAAGAUCUCUCGGCGGCCGAAAAGAAAUCGAGUGCCGCGCGACAAGCCUGGAUAAAGAAUUCGAAGGAUUCUCGUAGAGCUUCCAACCAAGCGUUGGUAGAGUUCAUCACCGGAGGCAAAGUUGGAGCCCAUCUUGUAGGCCUCUACCGAGGAACCGUCCCGUCUCGGAGGCACGACCAUUACACGAGUGAGGACAAUGAUCUCCGUCAAAAACUCAAACGUAGCUCCUGGUGGGGUCCGAUCGAUGAUCAGCUGCAACAGGAAGCCAUUUUCGAGUACUGCCACGAUGUGAUCGAACGUUCUAAGGAGGUUGGAGUAGUCAAAGGGUUGGACACGAUCAAAUACGCUUUCGAGGUUUUCUGUCCUGAGGCCAUUACCAAGGCGAUCUGCAAGCUUGCCAUGGUCGAUAUGGAGACGGCUGCAGAAAUCUUCGAAAAAGGUGCCCAAAUCGUGAGGGCAUGCGAAGCUCUCGAACAGCCUGAAGCCGAGGCUGUCGAACCCGUCGAAGAGGAGAGUCUUGAGCGAGAAAAAGCCAUUGUUGAAACUGAGGAGGAAGUUCCGGGACGAGAGACACCGGCCGCCGAGGAAGCUGUCGUCGAUGAAGUCCUCGAAGGAACGGUCGAAGCCGAAGAGACCGUGAAAGCGGAGACCGAGGAGAAGAUGACCGCUGAGCCUGAGCCAGAUGUUGUCCCAGCAGAAGCCGAGGAGGGACCAUCAGAGAACCUCGAUACAGGCGAAGUUGUUCGAGAAGAGCUAGAGAGACUGGGUGUGGACAGUGAUUUGCUCAAGGAGAUCGAACAGACAUAA